AUGAGUGACAGCCCCACCUUCCCCUUGUACCAGUCUCUGCAGAGUAAGCGUCCGUGGCACAACCUGAAGCCUCCGUUUUCUCCUCCGUUCCGCCGCACGCCUCACAAUGUGUUUGUGGGGAAGUCUUCGAGCCGCAUUCGCCUCAGGGACAGCCGUCACAAGCUGCUGCAGAGGCACCUGUACCGCCGCACAGUGUUCAGGUCAGAGCCGCCUUUAAACAGUUCAGCCGCGGCGGAAGCUGGAGCCACAGACACCACAGACCUGGUGUCGGCUGGGAUCCGGCUGGACGCUCCUCCACAGAUGGAGGACGUCAUGCUCCAGAACAUUCUGAACCAGAUCCCCAAACACUUACACCAACCAGAGUCCAGACUGGAGCUGGUCCAAGCCGAGGCCCAGGAGGAGUUCAGCGUCAGCGUCACCAAAGCUAUUGUGAACUUUGUGAUCAGAGGUGUUCAGGACAGUGGCCCUGACAGAGACGCCCUGAUGCCCUCCCACAGACAGGAAGUGGCGCUGGUGCCCAAGCCCUGGCACACAACCUUCGUCCAGAACAGGAGGUGGAUCAGGGACAGUCUGCACUGCUUCUGUCCGCCCAUGAUGGAGGUGACGUGGCUGUUCCACCGGGGCCUCACGCUGAGGUCUCAGCGUCUGGUGUCAGUGACUGAGUUCCACCAGAGGAGACGGUCCCUGGAGCUGCAGGAGUUCUCACAGAUCAUUGAGCAGCACAUGGAGCGCUUCACUACAUUCCUCCUGCAAAGCUGGUUGCCUGAGGUCCAGUCCAUCUUCUACCAAGGAGCCAGGAGGAAGCAGGUCCCCGAUAACAGCGGCUCCUCCAGGUUCACGGCCUUCUUCAGCUGUGCGUCCGCUCUGAUGACGCGACAGCUUCAGGAGGUGCUGCUGCUGUCUCUGGAGGACUACAGGCAGAUGAUCACAGGGCUCCCGCCCUCACAGCGAGCCUUCGAGCACCCGGGCUUCGUGCUGCACCUGGUUCUGGUCAACAAGCAGAUCCAGUUUGAGCCCGAGUUUGAACGCUUUGAGGAGGUUCUUCUUGACGUGUUGGACCUGAUGCUGCAAUCGGCCGCUGUGGUGCCCAGAGUGGAGACCAAGCUCUUCACCGGCUGUCUGGCGCCCCCUGCUGACCGCAGCACUCUGAGGCCUAUGGUUCUGCCUGAGGUUCUGGAGGACCAUCGUCAGCAGCUCCUCAUGGUCCUGAGGGAGGAGAGCCUCAAACCUACACAGUACCUGCGACACUUUGACAAGUACGCGUCUCUGGUGACCAUGAAGGCCCAGGACGACGUCAGCCACUUCCUGUCUGAGCCUCACAGCUUCAAGGAGAUCAUGGUGGAGGUGGUGCACUAUGAGCAGCUGCUGGAGGAGCUACAGUACACGCCAUACCAGGUGGAGCGACUGGGCAUGUUCGAGGUCCAGUCUCAGAGACUGAUCCAGAGUCUGACUCAGAGAGCUCAGGAUCUGCAGCAGCAACUGGUGACCAGGAUGUUAGAGGAGCACCGUACCAUCAACAGACAACUGUGUGCAGAGUUUGAGUACAUCGAAAAGAAGUCCCUGAACACUCCGCAGGACACUCAGGCGCUGAUGGAGCUCAAGGCCUACGUGCAGAAGGUCCGCUCCUCUGAUCUGCCGGAGCUGGAGCAGCGUCUGAUGGACUCAAACUCACAGCUGUGUUUCCUCUCGGACUUCGUGACGCUGUCUCCGCUCGACGUGAGACUGAAUGCAGAGACGCUGGAGUGGCCCGAGCGCAUGCCCUCAGUGUUCAGACAACACAGAGAGAUCGUCAAGAAGAAGACCGAGCUGUACCAGAGCGCGCUGAAGAGCUGCUGUGAGCGCUUUGUGGAAGACCUGGAGAGUUACGGCGCUCAGGUGGAGGAGUUCGUCACUUUUGGAGAUCUGGACGAACUGGAGAAAUACCUGAAGAAAGCCCAAAGUCUGAACCACAAACUGGAGCUGGCUCUGGAGAAGAUUGAGGAGUUUAACCGUAAGGAGGAAGCGUUCGGCUGGCCCGUCUCUCAGUAUCCUCAGAGGAAGAAGAUCCAGGACAAACUCACUCCGUUCCUGAGACUUUAUGAGACGGCUUCAGACUUCCUGAUGCAGCACGAGCGGUGGCUGCACGGCCCCAUGGCGGCGGUGAACCCAGACAAGGUGGAGGGCGAUGUGGGGAACUACUGGAGGACUCUGUACAAACUGGAGAAGAGCUUUGGAGACUGUCCCAAAGCUCUGCACAUGGCCUCCUCCGUGAAGGCCACAGUGGAGGAGUUCAAGGAGCACAUCCCCAUGGUCCAGGUGGUGUGUAACCCUGGCCUCCGCCCUCGUCACUGGACCUCCAUGUCCGAUGCAGCUGGUCUCCUCCUGGACCCCUCCAGUCCCCAGGCCAGCGUCUCACACUUCCUGUCCCUGGGCCUGGAGCCGUUCCUGGGGACCUUCGAGGGCAUCAGUGAAGCAGCGGCCAAAGAGUUCAGUCUGGAGAAGGCUCUGGAGAAGAUGUCCUCUGAGUGGGCAUACAUGGAGGUGACCCUGCUGGCCUACAGGGAGACCGGCACCAGCAUCCUGUCCUCUGUGGAGGACAUCCAGAUGUUACUGGACGACCACAUCGUCAAGACUCAGACCAUGAGAGGAUCGCCCUUCAUCAAGCCCUUUGAGGAGGAGAUCAGGGAGUGGGAGGGGAAGCUGCUCCUCCUGCAGGAGAUCCUGGACGAGUGGUUGAAGGUUCAGUCCACGUGGCUGUACCUGGAGCCCAUCUUCAGCUCCCCUGACAUCAUGAUGCAGAUGCCGGAGGAGGGACGCCGCUUCACUGCUGUGGACAAGACCUGGAGGGACACCAUGAAGCAAGUGGCCCUGGACAAACACGUUCUUGCUGUGAUCUCCAUCAACAAGAUGCUGGAGAAGCUGAAGAAGUCCAACAGUUUCCUGGAGCUGAUCCUCAAAGGUCUGAACAACUACCUGGAGAAGAAGCGCCUGUAUUUCCCACGAUUCUUCUUCUUGUCCAACGAGGAGCUGCUGGAGAUCCUGUCAGAGACCAAAGACCCCACACGAGCCUCCUUGAGCAGGAGUAACUCCCAAACACAAUGGGGAAUGAGAAACCUCAAGGAGAAGUCACAGCAUAAUGACCUUGCAGUUGGACUGGACCUCACAGUUGGACAGGACCUUGCAGUUGGACUGGACCUCACAGUUGGACAGGACCUUGCAGUUGGACUGGACCUCACAGUUGGACAGGACCUUGCAGUUGGACUGGACCUCACAGUUGGACAGGACCUUGCAGUUGGACUGGACCUCACAGUUGGACAGGACCUUGCAGUUGGACUGGACCUCACAGUUGGACAGGACCUUGCAGUUGGACUGGACCUCACAGUUGGACAGGACCUUGCAGUUGGACUGGACCUCACAGUUGGACUAGACCUGAUAGUGAGACUGGACCUCACAGUUGAACUGGACCUCACAGUCGGACUGAACCUCACAUUUGGACUGGACCUCACAGUUGGACAGGACCUUGCAGUUGGACUGGACCUCACAGUUGGACUAGACCUGAUAGUGAGACUGGACCUCACAGUUGGACUAGACCUGAUAGUGAGAAUGGACCUCACAGUUGAACUGGACCUCACAGUUGGACUGAACCUCACAUUUGGACUGGACCUCACAGUUGGACUGGACCUCACAGUUGGACUGGACCUGACAGUUGAACUGGACCUCACAGUCGGACUGAACCUCACAUUUGGACUGGACCUCACAGUUGGACAGGACCUUGCAGUUGGACUGGACCUCACAGUUGGACUAGACCUGAUAGUGAGACUGCACCUCACAGUUGGACUAGACCUGAUAGUGAGAAUGGACCUCACAGUUGAACUGGACCUCACAGUCGGACUGAACCUCACAUUUGGACUGGACCUCACAGUUGGACUGGACCUCACAGUUGGACUGGACCUGACAGUUGGACUGGACCUCACAGUUGGACUAGACCUGAUAGUGAGACUGGACCUCACAGUUGAACUGGACCUCACAGUCGGACUGAACCUCACAUUUGGACUGGACCUCCCAGUUGGACUGGACCUGACAGUCGAACUGGACCUGCAUGCGGUUCAGCCACAUCUGAAGAAGUGCUUUGAGGGCAUCGCCAGCGUGGUCUUCACAGAUGUUCUGGACAUCACUCACAUGAAGAGCUCAGAGGGGGAGAUGGUGCAGCUGCUCAACAUCAUCUCCACCUCCAAAGCUCGAGGGCAGGUGGAGAAGUGGCUCCUGGAGCUGGAGCACGGCAUGACGGCCUCUCUGCACAAGGUGAUCGGAGAAGCCAUCGAGGCUUAUCCCAAAGACCAGAGGAUCAACUGGGUCAGGGCCUGGCCUGGACAGACGGUCCUGUGUGUGACCCAGGUCUACUGGACCCAGAGCAUCCACCAGGCCAUCCAGUCAGGUCAUCAGGCGCUGGGGUCGUUCUUGCAGCAGAACAACCGUCAGAUCGAUGACAUCGUGGCUUUGGUUCGAGGGAAACUGUCCAAACAGAACCGCACGACUCUGGGAGCGCUGGUGGUUCUGGACGUUCACGCCCGAGACGUUCUGUCUGCUCUGGUUCAGAAACGCAUCAGUGACGAGAACGACUUUGAGUGGCUCAGUCAGCUCCGCUACUACUGGGUGGACGACCAGCUGCAAACCAAGAUGAUCAACGCAGGUCUGCCGUACGGAUACGAGUAUCUGGGAAACACUCCUCGACUGGUCAUCACCCCUCUGACUGACCGCUGCUACAGGACUCUGUUUGGGGCCCUGCACCUGCACUUAGGAGGGGCUCCCGAGGGCCCGGCUGGAACAGGGAAAACUGAGACCACCAAAGACUUGGCCAAAGCUGUGGCCAAACAGUGUGUGGUGUUCAACUGCUCUGAUGGACUGGACUACAUCGCCCUGGGAAAGUUCUUCAAGGGCCUGCUGUCGUGUGGAGCUUGGGCCUGUUUUGAUGAGUUUAACCGCAUCGACCUGGAAGUGCUGUCUGUGGUGGCUCAGCAGAUCCUUACCAUACAGAGAGGUAUCUCGGCACACUCGGAGAUGCUCCUGUUUGAAGGCACAGAACUCAAGUUGGACCCGUCGUGUGCCGUGUUCAUCACCAUGAACCCAGGAUAUGCCGGGCGCUCAGAGCUGCCAGACAACCUCAAGGCUCUGUUCCGGACCGUGGCCAUGAUGGUUCCGGACUACGCAAUGAUCGCUGAGAUCGUGCUUUACUCCUGCGGCUUUGUGACGGCUCGCCCGCUCUCGGUGAAGAUCGUUGCCACCUACAGGUUGUGUUCGGAACAGCUGUCCUCUCAGCACCACUACGACUACGGCAUGAGAGCGGUGAAGUCCGUGUUGACGGCCGCCGGGAACCUCAAGCUGGCGUUUCCCAACGAUAACGAGGACAGGCUGCUGCUUCGCUCCAUCAUCGACGUGAACCUCCCCAAGUUCCUCGCCCACGACCUCAAACUGUUCGAGGGCAUCACCUCCGACUUGUUCCCCGGCGUGCAGCUCCCUCAGCGUGAUUACAGGACGCUCCUAGAGGCCAUUGAGGAGAACUGCAGGCACAUGAACCUCCAGAUGACCUCCUUCUACUGCGAGAAGAUCCUGCAGAUCUACGAGAUGAUGAUCGUCCGACACGGAUUCAUGUUGGUGGGAGAACCCUUCGGAGGAAAGACCAGCGCUUACAGAGUGUUAGCGGCUGCACUCAAUGACGUGUGCAAACAGGGGGUGAUGGAGGAGAACGCGGUGCAGAUCGCGGUCCUGAACCCCAAGUCCAUCACUAUGGGGCAGCUGUACGGACAGUUCGACCCUGUGUCUCAUGAGUGGUCGGACGGUGUCCUCGCCGUAAGCUACAGAGGCUUCGCCUCCUCACAGACUGAUGAGACUACUGAUGAGACUGAGGAGACUACUGAUGAGACUAUUGCUGAGACUGAUGAGACUACUGUUGAGACUGAUGAGAGGAAUGAUGAGACUGAGGAGACUACUGCUGAGACUGAUGAGACUACUGCUGAGACUGAGAAGAUUACUGAUGAGACUGAUGAGACGACUGCUGAGACUGAGGAGACUACUGAUGAGACUUUGGAGACUACUGCUGAGACUGAUGAGACGACUGAUGAGACUACUGUUGAGACUGAGGAGACUACUGCUGAGACUGAUGAGACGACUGAUGAGACUACUGUUGAGACUGAAGAGACUACUGAUGAGACUACUGAUGAGACUGAGGAGACUAACGAUGAGACUGAUGAGACUACUGCUGAGACUGAUGAGACUGAGGAGACUACUGAUGAGACUGAUGACGUCACCCACAUCUGA